AUGCAGUCCAGCUUACUCAUCACCCUUCUCGUUGCUACUAGCGCGGUCUUCGCCUUGCCAGCCGGACAACACCAACCCAGCGAUUACGCUGCCUCAGACUACGACUCUGACUCCUAUGCCCCACCAGAAUCUUACUCUCCCCCAGCCCAACACCCUUCCUACGGUGGCAAGCCAUCUCAACCUUACCACCCAGCUCCUUAUCACCCAUCUCCCAGCAUCCCGUCCCGUGGUCGUCCCGGCCAAGGAUCCGGCAUUGGUGGCAUGUUCCCCGGCUUUGGCGUUAUGGGUAACGGCUUCGGCAUGAUGCCCGGCUUUGGCGGUUUCGGCGGCUUUGGCGGUCUCUUCGGCAUGAUCCCCGGCUUUGGGGUUAACGCCGGUUUUGGUGCUAACCUAGGAACUGGUUUCGGAGCCAACGUAGGGGUCAACGCUGGACUUGGUGGCGGACUCGGUGGAUUUGGUGGACUCGGCGCCAACGUAGGUGCCGACGCCACUCAUUGCCAAUCUACUGAUCCCCGUGAGGAUGCCGCACACCCCAAUGUUGCCUAUGACAGCAGUACGUUGACGAGAUUCUGA